AUGACAACCCACGAACAAAAAGAAUCUACCUCUUCCCGCUCCGUCCUCGAUCCCACCACUAGUACCCAAGAAAAGUCCUCCAAAGACACUGCACCCCUCCGCGCCCUCGAUCACCAAUCCGAACGCGAAACAUCUCAAAAUGAAAAGCCGGCAACUAUUCACAUCGGCACACGCAAAUCUGCGCUCGCCAUGGUGCAAACCGAGCAAGUGAAAGCUGCGCUCGAAAAAGCUCAUCCAAAUUUAAACUUCGAAAUCACCAAAUUGGAAACUAUGGGCGACAAGAAUCAAGUAACUGCUCUGCAUGAUUUCGGCGCAAAGAGUUUAUGGACGCAUGAACUUGAGGCUUUGUUAUUGGAAAGGAAUUUGGAUAUUGUGGUUCACUGUCUCAAAGAUAUGCCUACGCAAUUACCCCAAAAAUGUACAAUUGGCGCGAUUCUCGAGAGAGAAGAUCCUAGGGAUGCGUUGAUCAUGAAGGCGGGAAGUAAUUACAAGACCUUGUCGGAGCUACCAGCUGGAAGUGUAGUAGGAACAAGUAGUGUGAGAAGAAGCGCACAGAUAGCGAUGAAGUAUCCCGAGUUGAAGUUUGAGAAUGCGAGGGGUAAUAUUGGGACUAGGUUGAAUAAGCUGGAUGCGGACGAUGGAAAAUAUUCAUGUUUGAUUUUAGCAGCGGCGGGUUUGUUGAGAAUGGGUUGGGGAGAGAGGAUUACGCAGUAUUUGGAUAGUAAGACAGAAGGAGGCGGCAUGUUGCAUGCAGUGGGACAGGGUGCAUUGGCUUUGGAGGUUAGAGAUGGCGAUGAAGAAAUAAACACAAUGGUUUCGGCGUUGCAACAUGAGCCGACUCAAUUAGCAGGGUUGGCGGAAAGAAGUCUGAUGAGGACUUUAGAGGGCGGCUGCAGUGUACCGAUCGGGGUUGAGACAACCUGGAUUGAAAAGGGGAAGCUGCUGAUGAAGGCUAUCGUGGUUAGUCUUGACGGUACGGAGAGUGUGGAAUCCGAGAGAUUGGAGGAAAUUUUAACACCCAAGGAUGCCGACGAGUUUGGAUGGACUAUCGCUCAAGAUUUGGUUAGCAAAGGUGCUGCCAAGAUACUGGAGGCCAUUAACCUUAAUCGACCCGUUAUCAAAGAGGGUGGUAAUGCGUGA